GAAGUUGACAGAUGAUUUGAAUCUAUUAUGUUUCAUUUUAACUUGUAUUAUUUUGUAUCUUCUAUUUCUUCAAAACUUUUAGGUUAGCAUUAGAAUAAUAAAACAAACAUUUGUGUUUUCUAAGAUAUGCAUUAGGUUAUAAUUGUUUUAAUAACGAAUAGUUUUGUGCAUUGUGAACGGAUCUUUCGGGAAAAUUAAAAUAAGAAAUAAACUGUUCUUCUAAUAAUACUGCAUAUUGUGUAUAAAAUAGUGUCUUAUUGAUUUUUCAUCCUUUUAAAAUAGAUAUCUUGUACACUUUUCAGUAAGAUAGUAGAAUAUUAACUCUUAUAUUUUUCGUUAUUGUUAUAUUCAAUGAAGAUGAAACGUAAGAGGAGAAAUGUGUGCUCGUCACCUAUACUUGAUGAUAGCCCUAAAAGGACUAAAGUUCAUGCCCAGAGAAAGUUUGCACAGGGUUCAAAUGUCAAUAGUCCAGUAAUCACCCCAAUACAAGAACUGGAAGCAGACAACCAGAAAUCAGAUAAUUUACCAGAACCAGUGGAGCUGCUUCCAAUAAAAAGACCAAAUACUGAAGAUUUUCUCACAUUUUUAUGUUUUCGAGGUACUCCUAUUCUUCCUCCCACUUUAAAUUUUUUCAAUACUGCUUCAAUAGUUGAUACAAAUGGACAGGUUCAUGAAAUUAAAAGUGAAACAUCACCUAAAAAUGGACCCAUCGAUAUUGCAAAAUGUGGUUCUUCAUCAGAGAAACCAUUUGUUGCAUUUGGUGUGCGUAAAAGGGCAGAUCCUGUUGUAAUCAGCCGUCAAAUGGAUAGAAAAAGGAGACAUGCUCUCGCAUUACAGGCGCUGCGACGAAAAUACCAAGAACAAAAAAUGGCUAAAAUUCGGGCGUUAACUAUUAGUAAAUUAUCAGAAAAAGUAACAAAUAAAAUGUUAGUUCGAACAAAUACCGUAUCAAAAACGGAAACUAUCACAAAGAAGACUAAUACUGUUCAAAAAACAAAAGUAGUGGCUACCAAACACAUAAAAGUAACUACAAGAACAUUGAAAACAACACUAAAACCAAAAUUAAAGCAAAGCAUGUGUCUCCGUAGUUUUAGAGGCAGGUUUAUUCAACAAGAAUUGCCGUUUAAAAGGAGAAUGCUUGAUAAACAAAUUAGUAGAACACCAUUAGAGAGAAAAUCAGAAUCUAAAAAGAAAAAUGUCGAGUCUAAGAAUACAUUGAAACAAGACAAAGCAAGUUCAUCUAAACAAGUAAAACCAUUGAAGAGAAAAAUUGUUACUUCAAACCCCUCAGCAGUUAACUCAAGAUUCACAAGAUCAAGCUUAAGUAAUACUAAAUCAGAACUAAGAAGGAAGCAGAUAAAAAGAAUUUUAAUUCCAAGCACCAAUACUAUCAUUAAAACUAAACCGAGGUCUCUUAGAUUAACUACCAUGAAGAAAAGUGUAUUGUCUCGUAGAAAGAACAAUUCUUUGAAACUCAGACAAAAAAUGAGAGCUGAACAUCGACAACAAAACGUCGAAACAAACAAAAGCGAAAAAUCUAAAAGAGACAGUAAAAUGGUGGAUAAGAAAGAUGUCAAGCAAACAGUAAAUAAGAAUCUAGAUGCAAAAGAAUUAAAUAGAAGUACAGACAUAAAAAAAGAUUAUAAGAGAGUUACUGAUCUGAAGAAAGAAGUAACUAAGACAUUGGAUGGAGAUAGAAAACGGAUUACUAGAUCCGUCGAUAUCAAAAAGGAAGUUAAUAAGUCAACCGAUAUCAAAAGAAAACCUCAUCUAACAGAAAUCAAAAGAAGCACCAGAGUUUCAAACAUAAUCAGAAAAAAAAUUAAUUCCACUAAAAAUCGCAAUAAGGACAUUGUGACUGUCAAGAGCAACAAAGCUGAGAAAAAUAGAAGAUCGAUCAGAAAAAGUGACAAUUUUAAUAAUGUUGAUGAUACAGAAAUUGAAAAAACAUCAACUGAGUUCUGCGAACAUGGAAAAAGUAAAGAGAAGAAAAUGAAAAAUACAUUUACACUUGAUGAAAGUAAAAUAAUAUCAGAAAAAAAUAUAAAAAAAUGCGAAGAAAAUGAAAAAUUAAAGGAAUCGAUAGAAAAUAUUAAUAUUAAGCUAGAUGUUAUCUCAGCACCAAAAGAUGCAGUAAAUAGGAAAGAUAAUGAACGAGAAAAUAACAAAUACAUUUUGGAAUCUUCAAACACAGAAGUUUUUAAAAAAGAUUUACUAGAAAAUGACUCAGAAGUUUCCGGUACCACAGUUAAAUUAACAAAAAUUAUUCAAGAUUUAGAGGAUAUGGAAGUAAAAGAUGCAGGAGUCGAAAAGAAAGUCUUGAUUGAAACGAAAAUAGAGGCUGAUUGUAAAGAAGGCGAUCCGUUACAUCCACUUUCUAUUCAAAAGGAAAAUGUUGAAUUAAAAGUAGAUCCAAAAUUAAUUGUAGCAGAUGUCCCCGAACAAACAAUCAAUGAGCAACAAAACGUUGUGGUAACAACAAUCCUAUCAACGCAAGAUGAAGAACAAAUAAUAAAAGAAACAAUUUUUGUUCAAGAAGUUAAUGAGAUUUCAAAAAAAUCAAAAAGGGAUACCAAAAAACAUAUCAAAGACAAUAUCCACAAUAGAAAAAUAAUCGAUCAUGAAGAAAGCGUCGCUCCAAAGUCUCAACGGCCCUCUAGAAAAACAAAAGAAGCUGCUGCCAUUUAUAUGGAGAUAUUGAGUCACAAAUUAGUUAACGAUGAUAAAGUAGACGACGAUGAUACAAUUUCAAUCGAUAGUUUUCCCGAGCUUCCCAAUGUUAAAAGGACCGAACAACGAGAAAUAGAACUAAAAGCGAAAGUUAAAAUUUCCAAAGAUAAAAUCAAACAAUCAAAGUUAGUAGAACUAAAGCAUGUUCAAUCAGAUGCGCACGCAAAAGACACAAAAAUGUACGUAAUGAAGAGAGAAAAUGAAAACAUUGAUGGUAUUUCCAUGGAAGAAAACAUUAAACCGAAAAGGAAUUCAUCUAAAGCUUUUAAAAAGAAACAGGGAAUCGAAAAUUCAAUUGAGACGGAAGAAAUUUCAUCAAUAAAAUCUGAUAUUUCUCAAACAACAGAAAUUCUACAAAAAUCAGAUCCUUUACAAAUAUCUGAGGAUGUUGAAAAGUCUGUUGGAGUAAGAUUACGUAAAUCAGACCAAAAAAUACCAGAAAGUAACGAUUAUGUUAAACCCAGAAGAUUAACAAGACAUUCACUACUUCCCCAUGUAGAUGAUGAUUACGAUUCUGAUGAAUCAUUCCAUAUCAAUGUUAAAGUACCUAGAAAAAAGAAGAAUACCAGAAGCAGAGUUUCAUCGCGAACAACAAAAGGUACAAGGCAGCUGAAACUCUCCUCAAGUGAAUCUGACCAAUCCACCACAUCUGAUGUCAAUAUUCAACCAUCUAUGAACAAAUUUAAAAGUAAAAAAUAUUCAAAAACGAAAUCGAUGAAAGUUGAUAAUUUGAGCGAAACUGAUAAUGAACUGAGCGAUAAGUGCCAACAACGAAAAAUUGCAGAAGAAAUCGUCAAAGAUGCUCCGAAAUCGAAGAGAAGCAAUAAUCAAAAAUCACCUAAAUCCUCUAAUAAAGGAGAUAAUUUGAAAUUUAGAAAUUUACAAAACAAACCAGAUUCAGAUUGUGUAAGAAUCGAACCGAAGCCAAAGAGAGAAUGCGCUAAAUUGCCGCAAAAUUAUCUUCCUAUGUUUUCCUCUUCUGACGAAGAGGAAAUAUUUCAUGGGUUUGAUGAAAAAACUACUAAAAAUACAAAAACCUGCGAAACCGCUUGCACUCAUGCACCGCCUUUAUUAGAUUUUUUGAACAAAGAUUUAGGGAGACGCUUUGGCAAAGAAAAAGUGAAUAUGUCAAAUGAACAAAUAGAAAAAUGGUUAAAGGAUGCAGCGUUAGCAGGUAACAGCAUCAAAAAGGAGAACGACGAAAUGUUGAAAUUUGGCGAAAGAAUACCAACAGAAACAAAUUUGGAAGUUGCAGAUACUACCGAUACGGAAAAACUUGAGCAGUCAUCAGAAUUAGAUAAUCCAGAUGAAGAUGCAAAAGAUCCGAAGAUAAAUUCUAAAAUCAGUACAAUGAUCAAACCCGAUAUUUCUAAGAUGCCGGAAUGUAUCAAAGCACAGCUAGACAGAAAACUCAUAUUUCGUAAAAGUAAAAUAAACAACAUUCCCAACGUAAACGCAUUUUCUCCUGAAAAUGAGAGCAGUGUAUAUGCAUUCGGUGAAGAAAAUGAAGAUGUUAUCAGCACGCCAUUCAGAAGACCAUCUAGAAGACCUUCAAGUACCGCUACCUCAAAAUCUGAGGAUGAAUCUGGUAAACAUGACGAAAUUGCAAAACAAAAUCAGUUUCGAAAACCUACUGCAAAACAAGAAACACCAAAGGUAGCUGGAGUGGCGAAAGAUGAACAAGACUCUAGUAUAGAAACUGAAGAUAAACAAUUUUAUGUACCUCAGAAACCAACUACUAAAACGACACUCUUAAAAAAUCAGAGCAAACCUUUGUUUAAAUCGAAAAGUUCGGAAAAAUUGCUCGAUACGGAUGAAAUCAAAUAUAAAAUACCAAGUUCUCCAAGCGCUAGUUCAUCUUCCAGUGCUAAUUUGUAUAAACGUCAACCGCAGAAAAUUAAAUGUAGAUCUAACGAUUUUAUUUCACCAAUUUAUGUUUCCGAUUUUCCCAAGCAAAUCGAACCGGCUAAAUUGGUAGAAGCCCCCAUAUUUCAUCCAACUGAUCAAGAGUUUCAGGAUCCUUUGGAGUACAUUGAAAGAAUACGACACAAAGCCGAACAAUUCGGUAUAUGCAAAAUCGUCCCUCCGAGCAGUUUUAAACCGGAAUGUAAAGUAACUGAUGAUAUGAGAUUUACAGCAUAUAAUCAGUAUAUUAAUAAAAUGCUGUAUCGAUGGGGUCCGAAUUAUAAAGAAUUAAUGGCUAUUAAAAAGUAUCUCGAAACUCAAAAUAUAGCUUUGAAUCAUCCCCCUUGGAUUGGUGGUAUGGAAAUUGACUUGCCGAGACUUUAUCAAACUGUACAGAGCCUAGGUGGUUUGAGAGAAGUAAUCGAAAAGAAAAAAUGGCCUAAGGUUUCGGAUCUAAUGAAAAUACCGAAAUCAGCACAAGAUCGUGUAACCAAAUUAGAUGAUAUAUAUUGCAAAUAUUUGCUACCUUAUGACAUACUAUCGCCAGCCGAAAGAGAGAAACUUUUCAAUGAAGUAGAAACCGAAUGGGCUAAAAAAGAAUCAAGAUUAUUAUCAAAAGCACAGAAUCAGAAAUUAAAUGACGAAAAUACAUCUACAACAGAAUUCGAUAUGGAAGAGAACGAUUCUGAAGAGUGUAUUACAAAGGGUCGAAACAUGGCUUUAAACGCAUUUUUCAGAAUAGCCAGAAAUACGAUGAGUAUGUAUUUCAAAACUAGUGAACCAUCACCACAAGAGGUUGAACAAGAAUAUUGGAAAUACGUGACAAUGAGACAGAAUCACAUUUGUGUUCAUUCAGGAUCGAUAGACUGCGGAAACUGGGGUUAUGGAUUUGCUGUAUCAAAAAAUAGUCCAUUUGCUAAACAUCCAUGGAAUCUCAAAGUUCUCACUAAUAAUAGUGGUUCCGUUCUUAGAUGUUUGGGACCUGUUAUGGGAGUGACAGUACCUACCCUUCACGUGGGCAUGAUAUUUAGCGCAUGCUGUUGGUAUCGAGAUCCACAUGGUUUGCCAUGGAUAGAAUAUCUUCAUACAGGCGGGAGUAAAAUAUGGUAUGGUAUACCGAAUUCUAUGGGCGAACAAUUCCAUAAUGCAUUAAGCAAAUUAACUCCUAGCUACGUCAAGGACAAAGAAUUGUGGUUACCGUCAGAUACAGUCAUGGUGCCACCAAAUCUGUUAGUUGAAAAUCAGGUAUCUCUAUGUCAUACUGUUCAAGAACCAGGACAAUUUAUUGUGGUAUUUCCCAAAGCUUUUACAUCAAGUAUAAGUACCGGUUAUGUAGUCUCCGAAAGCGUUUAUUUCGCCCCAAUUUACUGGUUAAAAACGGCAAACCAUCUGUUUAACGCUUUAAAACAGAGUAACGAACCUGCAAUGUUCUCAUUUGAAAGACUUGUUAUAAAUGUUGCUAAUGAUUCAAAAUGCAGCAUUGAAAUUAUUAGACAAGUCAUACCUCUACUACAAGAAUUAUGCAACAAAGAAAUCGAUAGAAGGAAACAUUUGUAUAGUUUUGGAGAAGCUAUUAGAGAAAGACUACCGAUACCUGAAAUUAAUCGAGGAAAAAAAAAGAAAUUUCAGGGAGAAGAAGGGGAUUAUGAAUGUGAAAUUUGUGGGAGCAGCUUAUUUUUGUCAAUGAUUUUCAAUACCGUGGAAGGUAUCACUUAUUGUUUGGAUCAUGCGAGGGAUAUGAUAGACAAGAAAACAUUAGAUAUUAGUCUCUGCAAGUUUAUGUUUACUUAUGACGAUGAAGAAUUGGAAGCUUUACCGGAAAGAACAAAAACCAAUUUGGAAAAUAGACUACAGAAAAAAAUUUCGAAUAAAUUUAGUGGACUACCCACUCUUCUUGGAAAGUAAAUUAUAUUCAAUCAUUUGAUGUAUUUCAUCAGAAGAUAAUAUAUAAAAUUAAGGGUAGGACUUAGUUUCUUCCCUCUGCUUCCAACCACAUGACUAAUUCACUUACAUUCUUAUUCUUACAACAUUUAUCUUAUUUCUUCUUUUGCGCUAUCUCUUAUACUUUUCUAUAUUCUUUGUUCAUCAUAUAAUAUGGCUCAUAUUAUUAUUAAGUAGUGGACUUCUUUUAAGCUCAAAACAACUUACAAAAGGGUGAAUUGUCAAACGAAUUUUCACACUCAUAAAUAGAUGAUGCUUUAUCAGUAACCAGUAAUCAUCAUAUCUACGUACUUUCUUCGUACUUCUGGGUGUGAUGUGAUUUGUGUGUGUGUGACAUAACAUAAGCAAUGCUCGAAAUAGUGAUCAAAAAUUGGACGUCCAAAAUGGAUUUCAUCAUAAACAGUCGGUGGCCAUAUGACCUAAUUAUUUUCAAAUCUUUAUUUAUAUGAUAUAAUUUUUUUUAUUUUUCAUAGCAAAGUAUCAUAGCAUAUUAAUUUUAUCAGUUUAGGAUUUCAUUGUUCGAUACAAGUCAUAUUAUCUUGGUAAUGAUCUGUAUCUAGAUCUGUACUUUCCUCUCGCUGGGCUUGUAGAUUUACUAUAUUUUGUUUAUAUCGAUAAAGUUUAGAGUGUUGGGACAUCUAAAUGUUAAUUGAAUUACUAGAUUAUAAAAUUUAAUGUGAUAUAUGUUCUAAUAUGUACAUUUUUCUCAAUAUAAUGAUUAUUUAUUG